GAUAUAGCUCGUCAAACAAUUCAGUUUGAACUGGAAACCUUGCUUACCAGGCCAGAACAAGAAACAAUACUUAUGGACAUGGUUCAUAGUGCUGCCUAUCGCAACAACACUCUCGGUUUGCCUAAGAUCUGUCCUGAGAGUAGUCUGAGUAAGAUUGAUUCCAAUACACUUCUGACUUACCUCAAGAGCCAUCAUACUCUAUCGAGAAUGGUAGUUGCUGGAGUGGGUGUUGAGCAUCAAGCGCUUGUUGACUUCGUUACAAAAUAUUUUGUUGAAUCAAAGCCAAUGUGGGAUCAGAAUUCUUCAAUACAACAAGUAAAAGUUGAUGCCUCAGUAGCCCAGUUCACUGGAGGAAUCGUACAGGAGGAAUGUGAAAUCCCACAGUAUGCAGGACCUUCUGGACUGCCUGAACUGGCUCAUGUCGUGGUUGCAUUGGAAGGCAUGUCUCACCAGGACCCAGAUUUCAUCCCGGCAUGUGUGCUCAACAUGAUGAUGGGAGGUGGUGGAUCUUUCAGUGCAGGAGGGCCUGGGAAGGGCAUGUACACUCGGCUCUACACUAACGUUCUUAACAGAUACCAUUGGAUGUACAAUGCCACGGCAUACAACCAUGCGUAUGCUGACACAGGGCUGUUCUGUAUCCAUGCAAGUGCAACGCCGGCUCAUGUCCGGGACAUGGUGGAUGUGCUGACUAGAGAGAUCGUGGCUAUGGCUGGUCCUACUGGUGACAAAGAAUUGAGGAGAGCUAAGACUCAGCUCCAGUCGAUGUUACUGAUGAAUCUGGAGGCACGACCAGUUGUGUUUGAGGACAUUGCCAGACAAGUGCUUGCAACGGGACAUCGAAAAAGACCAGAAGCAUUCAUGGAAUUAAUAGAGAAAGUGACAAGUGAUGACAUCAGUCGAGUGGCUCAACGAAUGUUGCGGUCCCAACCAGCUGUGGCAGCCAGGGGCAAGGUGCAGAAGAUGCCAGCUCUUGCUGACAUUCAGACAGCGCUACUCAACAAGGAAGGACGCUUGCAGAAUGCCCGAUCCAGGCUAUCCCUCUUUAGAUAAUUUUACUAAAUUAUCAUCACAUUUUUCCUUCCAUUACUUUUCUAGUCUUUUGUCUCUAUUACUGGUUGUAAAGAAUGCAAUAUAACUAAAAUUAAACAACUUUCUUUAUUUUUAAA